AUGCUGGAGCUAGCACUUGCAGGGUGCGGCAGGCGCCUGCUGGAAUGGCUCUGUUGCGGAGAACUCCUGGCACUACGCACGGCCGGCCGUCUUGUGGAGAUUCAUCAGGAGGUACUGCAAGCUGCUUCAUGGUCCACCGACCACGGGCGUUGGCUCGGUGCGCUCAAGGAGCGUCCAUUUCCUGUGGACAGAGCCCUCGAUUGCUUCCAGCAAUGGCGAGGGGCUGUGAUUCAAAGCUCCUGGACCUCCGACACCUCGUCUGAGAAGCGACAAGAUGCUACAUUGUGCUGCUGGCCUGUCUUACGGCGUCUUGCGCUAAAGCCGCAGUACAUCACCAACAGGCUUCCCGGCGCACCGAGCCUCGGAGAUCUCCUCGCAGAUGGUGGCAGCGAACUCCUGUGCUUGGCCCUGGACUCCCGGACUCACAGGUAUGCCUCGGACGAGGAGCCACUUGGCGAGCUGAGUAUGCAGACUUUGCUCCUGGCCACUUCCCUCAGUGCUGGAGGACUUAUAUUGCUCCAGCACCGGCUGAUGACACUGGACUCCUGCCGCGGCAGCCCUGACUCACCAGGCGGCCUGGAGCACGCCACGCAGGUCACACUGUCGCCUGGGCUGGAUGCACUGCUUCACCAUUUGCUUGCCGAAGAUCCCUUGCUCUUGCGGGAGCUGCGCAGCACGCUGAAGCUGCCGAUACCAGAAGCCGCACAGAAGUCCUUCCAGCCAGAGGACAUGUCGCAGCAGCGUGAGCCGUUGCAAAUUGUUUGCUUCUUGAACAUGAUGGCACUAUGCAGAGGUUUCGCUCCAUCGGUUGUCGUGCCUCGCCGUUCGGCGGCACCAGAAAUACGCACAGGAAAGGAAGUCUGA